ACACAAAUCAGCUGUUCCUAAUAACAAGGCAAGAUAAAAACAUGUUUUUUAAGAAGUUAUUAUAUCUCUAAUCCCAUUCACUCUUAUUCAAACUAAUAAAAAUGUUAUUACAUCAGUGUACGUGCCUUUCACAACUCCAGUUUCAUUAUCGCAUUUGUUAAGGUCGGUUUCAUCAUCUUAAACAAUGGAUAUUGGAGGCAUGAGGACCGAGUACAACGACCGCAAGAAUGUGUUCCUCGAAGCGGAUAUUGAAGUGAAAGAGCCAUUCCAUUUGUUUUCAAAGUGGUUUCAAAUUAUUAAAGACGAUCCAAAAACUGUCGAACCCAAUGCAGUAUGCCUUUCAACCAGCACAAAAGAUGGAACUCCUUCAGCAAGAUUUGUAUUGAUCAAAGGUUUUAGUAAAAAAGGGUUUGUAUUUUACACCCAUUAUACCAGCAGAAAAGGCCAAGAACUAGAAGAAAACCCGAAAGCUGCCAUGACAUUCUAUUGGGAUAGAUAUAGCAGAUCAGUUCGCAUUGAAGGAGACAUUGAAAAAUUGCCUUUUAAAGAUGCAGACGAAUAUUUCUUUAGCAGACCCUAUAACAGUCAAAUAGGAUCACUUUCGAGCAAUCAGAGUAGGCCUGUUGAAAGUAGGGACGUCCUAUUGAACAUAGAAGAAGAUCUAAGGCAGAAAUACGGACCUGGAGAGGUUCCAAGACCACCAUUAUGGGGUGGAUAUUUAUUGAAACCAAGGUUGUUUGAAUUCUGGCAAGGUCAAACAAACAGAAUCCAUGAUAGAAUUAGAUUUAGAAUGCCUGAAGAUGGAGAACCAGAUGGUGUAUUAACAAAACAAGGAGAGGAAGGUUGGAUUUUUGAAAGAUUAUGCCCAUAAAACAUUUAUUUUUUAUUUUAUUUUAUUUUUUAUCACUUGUUAUUACUAGAAAUAAAGACAAUAAAACUGUUAAUGUUAUUAGACUCAAAUUUAAAAAAAAAAUAUAUUGGAUUUAUGCUCUAAAAUAGUAUUUUGUUUUAUUAGGAGUAAAAAUUAUACUUCUUGUGGUGAGGCUAUACGUUUGACAUUACGGGGGAGACACAAAAAGUUAUUUUUACUCAAAAUAGAACAGGCAAUUUUUUUUUCAAACGUCACAAAUAAUUUUUUAAACAAUUUCUCAAACGUUCCAAAUUAUAUAAAAAGAGUUAAAAUAAUACCUUGUUAGUAAGAAAGGCGUUAAAAUGACCUUUUAUAUUGUCAAUCAAGUCGCAAAAAUUAGUGACGUUUGAAAAAAAAAGAUUUUUUUAAUUAUACACACCUGUUAUUCUAGCAACAAAUAAAAUUAAUUGUUUAUUUUAAACUUAUAGUGAGGCGUAAAUGAAUGUAUAGACGUAUAUCAUACAGUAUUUAUUUUAUCAUAGUGUGUUAAAUAAUAUUUUUACAUAUUGUUAUUCACUAUAUUUUGGAAUAUUUAUUUUCCCACAAAUUUUUUUAAGUGCUCUGUUUAUAUAUUUCUGGGACAAUAUAAUUUCUAUUGUAGAUGAUUUAUGUGACGUUAAAACAUUGAAAUAAACUUAUUAGGAAAGAUAUAUAUAAA